UCACCAUUCUUACUAUCAAAAACACUUUGCUCCCUUUUUUCAUCUUUUCAUUUUCUUCACAUCUUAUUAGUUUCAUUUUUAUUUCAGAAAAUGGCCACUGUUGAGGUUCAAUCCACACCAGCAACAGAAGUAGGAACUGUUCCAGCUGAAAUCGAGGCGAAAAUCACACCAGAGGCAAUCAAAAUUGAGGAAGUAGCCCCAGUUGCAGAAGAAACAGCACCAGCAUCAGCAGAAGAAACCGCUUUAGUUGAAGAAAAAGCGGUCCCUACUGUGGAAGACACCGUGAUCGAACCAGCACCAGCACCCGAAGAAGAGAAAUCAGCCCCAGCUGUUGAGGAAGCAGUGGCUGAAGAGAAAACAGAGGACUCUGUUUUAACAGAGGAAACAGUGGCUGCAGAACCAGAAGUUGUUGAUGAUGAAAAAGUUGAAGUGAAGACUGAGGCAAAAGAAGAAGAGGAAAAAGUUGUUGAUGCAUCAGCUGUUGAACAAGUUGAGAAGACUGAAGAGUAAAACUGAUUUUGACUCUUUUUAUGAUGAAAAAGGAUGGUGAAUAAUGUGGGGUG